CCUGCUGGUUAUGCACAGGUGACGCACAUGUUGUGUACCCUCUCUGGUGGAAAGUUGCUGGUUAUACUCGAGGGCGGCUACAACCUCCGUUCGAUAUCUUCUUCUGCUACUUCGGUGAUUAAGGUACUUUUGGGUGAAAGUCGUGAGUGUGAACCGGAUAACGUCAUUCCUUCUAGAGCCGGCCUGCGUACAGUGCUGGAAGUCCUGAAGAUUCAGAUGAAUUACUGGCCGAAUCUAAGCUCAAGCUUUGAAAAACUGCAGUCGCAGUGGGGGAUGUAUUCCGUGGAGAACAAAAGAAAACGAGUUAAAAAGAGACGGGAGUUCGAGCCGCCGAUAUGGUGGAGGUGGGGUAGAAAACAACUUCUGUACCAUAUCCUUACAGGAGGACAGUUUCAUCCAAAAUGAAAGCAGUGCUGAAUGUCAUCCGAUUCUUCUUGCUUAAUCGUGUAAUUUUGUCCACUGUAAGACAAAUUGUUAUAUCGGAUAGGUGUUUCUUAAUCAUAACA